AUGCUUGCACCUUGUGGAGAAGACAAUGCCACUCGACACGGUCACGAGCUCUGCCGCUGGAAGUUCUAUUGUGGCAAGUUCUAUCGCUGCAAGUACUAUCGCUGCAAGUACUAUCGCUGCAAGUACUAUCGCUGCAAAUACUGCCUUUCAUCCAGCGACGUCAAGAGGUCCUACGGCACCUGUGACUACCCUUACGCAGAAGAAGAAGAAGAAGACGAGGCCAUCAAGGACUUUUAUUGCUAUGAGGACAAUCGCAGCCGUCCUGACGCUACAGCGAAAGCCAUGUCUACUCAGAACGCGGCAACAGAGUCGAUUUUUAUGCCUCAGUCGUGCGCGAGCCUAGCACAGAGUGUGACAGCGAGCAACAGGACCUCAAAGCUUUCGGCAUACAAGGUGCAAUCGGGUCGUACGGCAAACCUCAGCGUGGCUCAACUAAUGAGUUCGCAAUCUGUUUGCAGACGGCUUCUCACGGAUGCAGAGGAGAGGAGGAGGAUCGGGCAUCUCACUCAAUCAAGCCCGGCAAGAAAGGUGCUCAAUCUCCCGGAGGAAGAAGGCCGCGUGACAUUCACCACGACCUCCCUUGAGUAUGAGCUGUCCAGCUUAGCUGAAAGGACAAAAAGGCCGCGAUCGAUCUACAAACGGGAGGGAGAGAAGGCCCCAUUUCUCUAG